AUGUCGUCAAUUAAGCUUCGCUGGGGAUUGAUUGGCUGCGGGAAGAUCUCUCAUGACUUUGGAAAAGCUUUGGACAAGGCUGAACAUCCUCAUGAAGUUGUAGCUUGUGCUGCUUCUUCUUUGGAUCGUGCUCAAAAGUUCGUUCAAGAAAACUUCCCCGACGCCAAGCCUUAUGGAAGUUAUGAUGAGCUUCUUAGUGAUCCUCUUAUCGGUAGGUCAAUUUAGUUUAAAAACUGAUAGCUCUAGUUUUAGCUCUAGCUCUAGCUCUAGCUCUAGCUCUAGCUCUAGCUCUAGCUCUAGCUCUAGCUCUAGCUCUAGCUCUAGCUCUAGCUCUUGCUCUUGCUCUUGCUCUUGCUCUUGCUCUUGCUCUUGCUCUUGCUCUUGCUCUUGCUCUUGCUCUUGCUCUUGCUCUUGCUCUAGCUCUAGCUUUAGUUCUAGCUUUAGUUCUAACUCUAGCUUUAGUUCUACGUAAGCCAUACUCAAAUUAGAAUGUAAUUUUUAGACAUUGUGUAUAUUGGCGUACAUAAUGAAGCUCAUUGCACAUGGAGUGUAAAAGCUGUUCAAGCCGGUAAGCAUGUAGUUUGUGAAAAACCGUUUGGAACUUGUGCUGGAGAAGUUCGUGCAACCAUCGAAAAGACCAAAGGAAGAAAGACUUUCCUCAUGGAGGUGGGUUUUACUGUUUUACAUUGACAAAAAAAAACAAAAAAAUUUUUUAAUAUUUCAAAUUUUUCUUUAAUUUUUGAAAAUUAAAAAAAAAUUGAUAUAAUUUCAGGCCUUCUGGAGUCGAUUCUUCCCUUCAUGGAAGUACAUUCGCAACAUUGUCGACAAGAAGGAAUGGGGAGAGCCUAGAGUUGUUCAGGCUAACUUUGGAUACCCUCAUGUAAGUUACUGUUAGCUGAACAAAAAAAUCCAAAAAUUUUUAUUUUAAUCAUUAUUUUAAAUUAAAAAUUUUUUUUAAAAUUGUUGUUUUUUAAUUGUUGACAAAACUGUAACGUUAUGAUAAUGUACGUGAUGUUAGGAAGACAACUGGCGCUGCAACGAGCGUGCUGAAGGUCCGCUGACCUUGUACGGUCUUUAUGUCAUCAUGAUGGCUCAUUACAUUUACAAGAAGAAGCCUGAAAAAGUGUCAGUAAUUGGAGCCAAAGACAAGAAGUUUGGUAAGAAAACCAGCUUUCCCUACUAUAACGUACCUUACUCUACCAUACCCUAUUCCCUAUUCCUAUUCUACCCUAUAUUAUCCUACCUUACACUAAAUUUCAGGAGCCGACGAAUGGGCAACAAUAGUCCUAGAGUACGGUGAUGACAAGCGUGCUGUACUGUACUACGACUCGCGCACCUGGUUGCCUCAGAAUGCGUUUGUGUCAUUCGACAAAGGUCAUAUCCAGAUCCCACAAUACUUUUGGUGUCCCGAGAAGAUUGUUCGUUGGGAGGGUAAGACUUGGUAUGACAACGAAGAGCAGCGACGAGAAAUUGUAUUCCCUCUGAAUGACAACCGCUUCUUCAAUUACAAUCACUCGAGUGGACUGAGAUACGAGGCUGAUCAUGCUUAUGAGCAGAUUCAGAAAGGUAAAAUACGAAAUUUAUUGCUCUAUUGAAAAAAAAAUAAAAAAUAUUUUUAACUUUAAAUUUUUUUGAAUUUUAUGUACUUUAUAGAUAUAAUUUUAAAAUUUAACUUUAAAUUUCAGGUCGCAAUGAAAGUGACUUGCACCCACUGAGUGAUACUUUGGAUAUAGUCGAAACUAUGGACGAAGUUCGUCGUCAAUUGGGUGUUCACUAUCCUCAUGAUGACAAAUUUUUGUGA